AUGGUGCAAGAUGAUUCAAAUUUAGAUCCUGUCAUGUUGAUGAUAACUACCUCUGAAGGGGCUCCAGCUUCUGAUGUGUGGUACUUAGGCUCUGGUUGUUCUAACCACAAGACUGGAUACAAGGGGUGGUUGACUGACUUUAACUCAAACAAGAAGACAAGUGUGAAGUUGACAGAUAGCAAAAGCUUAAUGGUAGAAGGCAUGUACAAGAUUGUCAUACAGAGAAAAGAAGGCAAAACAGUAUUGAUAGAAGAUAUGUUAUUUGUCCCUGGUAUGCAAUGUAAUAUGUUGAGCAUUAGUCAGCUAGUAGUGAAAGGAUUCUCAGUAAUCAUGGAAGGAGGCUCACUGAAGCUAUAUGACAAGAAGAAAAGAAUAGUUCUGAAAUCAACUCUGACCAGAAACAUAAUUUGGAAGGCUAGUUCUGAAAUCACCAACUGA